AGGUUGGUAGUUUCAAUAACACGCAUAAAUAUCUGGGGGCAUUGAAUCCUAAGCUUCACUCAAGGGUCCUAUUCAUUUAAGUUAUUUUUGUAUUCUUAGUUUCUGCUAUGACUAAAUGGGACUCUGGAAGGCCCGAAAUACACCAUCAGCAUUUAUCGCUCGUAUUUCUACUGAUAUUGUAAUAUUAGUAUUUCACUAUGGUAGACAAAUGUCGCAUGUCGCGUGAUGCGACAUCCAUAGAGGCAAAAGUUCAAGGGCAAUCUCACUCCAGCUUUCCAUAACCACACAAUGAGCGAUCAACAGUGGAAGAACUUGUCCAACGAAUUAAGACGGAGGGCCCAGCAGGCCCGUAACUCCGGCAGCUCCGCUCCCAGAUCUCCUUUCGGAUUUUUUGCAGGCUUUGGUGGCUUGUUACUCUUGGGAGGUGUGUCAGUGUUUGCCCAAAAUGCAUUGUUUAACGUCGAUGGUGGUCAGCGUGGUAUCAUCUACUCGCGUAUCAACGGUGUACAGCCCCAGAUCUAUCCUGAAGGAACGCACUUUGUCAUUCCAUGGAUCCAAAGACCAAUCGUGUAUGAUGUUCGUGCCAAACCACGGAACGUCGCUUCCUUGACCGGAACCAAGGACUUGCAAAUGGUCAACAUCACCUGCAGAGUGUUGUUCAAGCCUGACAUCGCUCAGUUGCCUGCUGUCUACAGAACCUUGGGUACCGACUACGACGAGAAGGUUUUGCCCUCCAUUGUCAACGAGGUGUUGAAAUCGGUUGUUGCCCAGUUCAAUGCGUCCCAAUUGAUCACCCAGAGAGAGAAGGUCAGUCGUUUGGUCAAGGAGAACUUGGUGCGUCGUGCCAGCAAAUUUAACAUCUUGUUGGACGAUGUGUCCUUGACUUUCAUGACAUUCUCGCCAGAAUUCAGUGCAGCUGUGGAAGCCAAGCAAAUUGCCCAGCAGGACGCCCAAAGAGCGGCUUUCAUCGUCGACAAGGCCAUCCAAGAGAAGCAGCAGUUGGUGGUCAAGGCUGCUGGUGAAGCCAAGUCAGCCGAAUUGGUUGGUGAGGCAAUCAAGAAGUCCAAGGAUUACGUGGAAUUGAAGAGAUUGGACACCGCCAGAGAAAUCGCAGGGAUCUUGGCCAACUCUCCAAACAAGAUCUUGUUGGAUAACGACACCUUGUUGUUGAACACCGUGACUGACGGUCGUAAGUAAGUUUCCUUUGUAAAUAGCUUUUGGUUAAAAAUCAAUAUAUUGAAAAAUAGUAAGAUGUGGUCUUGUCUAAAUUGUAGUUCCCAUUCAAUCGGGUGGAAGUUGAUUUGAAUUGAUACUUUUCCUGAUGUCUUCCUUGAAUGUAGGGCAUGAACUUAAUAAAUUGCCUAAUUGUCAGAAUUUCAGGCUACAGUAAAGGACAGAAUUAUC